GUUCAUUCAUACUGACACAAUGGAAUCUCUUUCCACACAUGACAUGAUUCGCGCGCGACACGGCAGGCACGCCUCACGGAUCCACAUAUGUAGACAUUCGAGAGUGAUUUUAUGGCACACGACACUCGUGCGUAAUAUGGGAACGAUAUGACUGUUUGGAAUAGGAUGGAUGCUCAUAUGUGGAAUUUUGAAAAAAAAAUAUAUAAGCACACAUGUAUACAUAUAGGUAUGGCCGUACGGUUUUUUUUCUGUGUGUUUAACGUACGUAGACAUAUGUAUAUAUAUAUAUAUGUUGCAUACCGAUAGUCCGAAGUUUCCAUACCUAUGAGCGUAUACUGUACACGCAUUAACGGAGCACGUGUGGACUAAGGGAAGACACGCAUGUGUGACGGGGUAGGGGAGGUGGGACGUGCGCGCACGCGUAACUCGGCUCGAAGCGCGUACGUUGGCUCGGAUUAAACAUUUAUAAAUAGUGCUCGGUGUGCGCGUUUACGCGGAAGUGCCACUGUAUGUUCGUGGGCAGCCCUGAACAAAAUAACACGUACGCUUUCGCGAGGAUUAUCCGGUUACGUUGUUUUUUCGCGGAUUCUCUAACGCUCUAUUUUGAAUCGGCGACGAAAAUCGCGCUCGUGAUUCGAAAUUACAAACGGAAGGAACCAGGCGGGCGGAGUGAAAAGGGAACGGCGGACAGGUUGAUGAGGGACAAACUGGUGCGGAUGAUCAAGAGCAGUGGGCAUGGGAUACCCGGCGCGGAGGUAGAAGUGGAUCAAGAAUAACCUGGUGCUGGCGAAGUCGAAGUGGUUCCAUGAACUAUCCGAGGAUCACGGUAUGACCGGUUCCUGCUGGCUGGAAAAGGAACGAAGGAACUGGACUGCUGGUGCACUUGUGAGAGUGGAGAUAGCAAGUCGGCUAUUGAGACUCGCUGAGUAGACGGUGAAGGUGGGACGCGAGUGGGAACUGUGGACGGGGUGCACGGGAAGAGCGAGGAGGACGGAAAUACGGAAAAGGAAAAUAGAAGAGCGAAGAGGGACAACCCAGGGUGGAAUACUAUGCUCUGCCGGCAUUAAUCCAAUAAUCCGGCACAAUUGAGGUCCCAUUGUCUACCGGGCGCCAUCUUGUUGUCGCUCAAAGCGCCGACCGAGCGGCUCCCCGACACCCUCUGAUAAUGACUCGGGUCCGCGAUCUCCUGCUUCUUAGGCCUGACACGACCUUUCACCUUACUUCACCUGGUCGAUCCUAAACCAUCGACAACCCCCUGCGCGCCUUCGUGCUCCUGGACAUCACGGACGCAUCAGCAUCCUCCUGCAGCCUGGACCUGGACCGGAGAACCUGACCGCCCCGGUUAAAAGACUCUACCUUCGGAACCUCUAGGACUUGUUGAGCCUGAUCAGUCGCCUCGCUCCUUUUCCGGUUAUCCUGGAGGCUGGUCGCGCUCUGCUCGACCUGGGAGGUCAAGUGAGAGUGCGCCAGGGUGUGCCCGAGUGAGCACGAUAGCACCUCUGGUGCCGGCGGCCUGGGGUCCCGGGGGGACGGGCGCCAUGGCGGCCUCCUCAUCCUCGUCGAGUGGCGAGCAGCAGUACUCCCUGCGAUGGAACGACUUCCACUCGAGCAUCCUUAGCUCCUUCCGGCAUCUGCGGGACGAGGAAGACUUCGUCGACGUCACCCUGGCCUGCGACAGUAGCAGCUUCACCGCGCACAAGGUCGUCCUCUCCGCGUGCAGUCCCUACUUCCGAAGAUUACUCAAGGCAAAUCCAUGCCAGCAUCCAAUUGUCAUACUGAGGGAUGUUGCGUCCUCGGAUAUGGAGUCCCUCUUGCGCUUUAUGUAUCACGGGGAGGUGCACGUGGGUCAGGAACAACUGGCUGCCUUCCUGAAGACGGCGCAGAUGCUCCAGGUCAGAGGUCUCGCCGACGUGAACAGCGGAGCGGCAGCAUCGAAAAUUCCACCGGCGCCAACGUCGAGCGCGAACAACGGUAGCGCACCCACCACCCCAAGAAAUUCUUGGCAGGAUAACGGUAGGGGUGACUUGAACGAGAGUGGACUGAGUCCACCUCCUGAGAAGAGACCCAGGAGUUACUCACCGCCCUUGGGCAACCACGUGGAGCAGAAACCCGAUCUUCAGGAUUCGCUUCUCGGUCAGGCCCUCGAAGGUGGUCCCACGAUACACACGACACCCACCAAUAAUAUACAGGCGCAGUCCACUGGCGAGGACUCGAAUUCCCUGUCGGACAACGAGGAGGAUAUGUCGAAUAACGAAAGUAUCCUGAACUCUGUAAAGACUGAGCCGAGUGAUCUUCUGAACGACUCCAUGGAGCAUCAUCGUAGCACCUUUCCUGCGGCCCUCUUGGGUCUCCAAGGACUGAUGCCAGGACCCUCUGGAAUCCAUGCGGCGAAUCAGGAUCCUAAUUACGUUGCCCGACGUGGAUUGGACAUGAUGCGAGUGCGGGCCACGGAUCCACGACCCUGUCCGAAGUGCGGCAAGAUCUAUAGAUCGGCUCACACGCUGAGAACUCAUCUGGAAGACAAGCACACGAUCUGUCCAGGCUACCGUUGCGUGCUGUGCGGCACCGUUGCCAAGUCACGCAAUUCCCUGCAUUCGCACAUGUCGCGGCAGCAUCGCGGAAUAAGCACGAAGGAUCUGCCAGUGCUGCCAAUGCCGAGUCCCUUCGAUCCGGAACUGGCGUCGCGUUUGUUGGCCAAGGCAGGCGUGAAGGUGAGUCCCGCGGAGCUGCGAGCCAGGGCGAGUCCCACGGGACCACGUAGGGGCGACAUGCGUCUGGAAUUGCCACGCGGUGCACCGUCCGAGGCCGGGAGUUCCGUGUGCGGUGGGGACGAUCCUGAGGACCUGACGCUCCCCUUGAGCCUGAGGUACGGAUCACCGACGCCGAACAACAACACGGUCAUCACGAAAGUCAGCAAAACCGCGACGGCUAUAGCCGCCAAGUCGAUGGACACGAUGCACGGGAGCCGAGAGCCAAACACAGCGCCGUUACAUCCGCCGGGUCAUCCUGGUCCAGGUCACCAUAACAGCGCAACGGGUUCAGCCAUUCUGGACACCUAUCUACAGUUCAUCGCUGAGAAUUCUGGUCUCACGAUGGGUCUCAGCCCCGAGCAGGCAGCAGCCGUGGCUGCUGCCCACGCGGCCAAGAUGGCCCACAUGAGCGCCAUGGAUAAGCUCGGCGGUCGCGGCAUUGAGGACUACCCUAUAAUUGGUCGUGACGAGGGUCGAGGACCUGGUGUCGUUCACGAGGACAGACAGGAACUCCAGGGUCACACGCCGAUGGAGGAGGCCGAGUCGUCCGGCGGCGAGGAAGAUGACUUCAGCGAGAACGAGGAACCGGAAGUCGUGAAGGCCGAGUAAGGGAUGGCCCGUAAAACGUCAAUUUUUGUUUGUUUCAUGUUAAUGGAACUUCAACAAUACCGGCGCCUUAUCCUCGAGGGCGCGAGCGUCGCUCGAAGGGAACUGCAAGUGUCCACGGAAUUUCUUUGGUUAGAAUUGAAAACACAAUCCUCGGAUUCUCUUGAGCUUUCUCGAUACGGUGUAGGCUGAUAACGAGAGAUUAUAGAAAACGAAAAUUACUUUUUAAAAAAAAACAUGCAGUGAGUAUAUGAGAUUUAGCGUUAAAGAGAAAAAGAGAUAGAGUGUGUGAGAGAUAGAGAGAGAGAGAGGAGGGGGGUGCAAGAGAGUGCCUGAGAGAGAGAGAGAGAGAGAGAGAAAGUGUGUGCAAUCGUUGGGAAUCUAAGGAAUACGGCCAUCGACGGCGAGGUCCGAGCACGUUUUAGUUCCUAUCGAUCGACCCGCAAAAGAAAUGAGAGAGGAAGAGAGAGAAAGAGAGAGCGAGAGAGAGAGAGAGAGAGAGAGAGAGAGAGA